ACCUAAUCACCACCAGCACACGAUGGCCGACCGCGACAAGAUCCAGAUCCUCAAGGAUGCGCUCUACGAGGCGGCGAGGGACCACGGUUCCGAUCAGCGUCUCUUCACGCAGCGGGACCUGUUGGACAUGCAGGUCAUUCCCCAAGACAAUAUCGGGUUGCUCAUGCAGGUGAUCCAAAUUCUCUGCGAUGAGAAGCUCUUUGUCGGCAACACCACGGCAUCGGGGCUGUCAUGGAGAUGGCGAAGCCGGGAGGAUGCAAAGAAGUACACCUCCCUCCCCAACUCCGAAAUAAUGAUGGUCUACGCCAUGGUCGACGAAGCCGGGGCCGACGGCAUCUGGAACCGGACCAUCAAGAACAAGCUCAACAUGGCCGACUCGCUUAUGAAGCAUUGCAUCAAGUAUCUCGAGCAAAAGGGCUACAUUGCCAGCAUGAAGAACGUCGAGCACCCCAACAAGAAGAUGUACAUCAAGGCGAACCUACGUCCCUCCGAUCGCGCCACGGGUGGCCCCUGGUUCACCGAGGGCGAGCUCGACACGGCCUUCAUCAACGAGCUACAGGAAAUCGUGUUCGACUUUAUCAAGCAGAAAUCGACAUAUACUUCGCACGGCGGCGGGGCGCAGCAGCGUGAAAAGAAUCCCAAGAAGGGCGUGGUUCAGGGGACCAUUCCCCACUCGGAGGAUAUUUCCAAGGGGACGAAGCGCAGCGCGGGCGAGAUUUCCAACGACGACACGGCGGCAGCGGCACCGGCCAAGAAGACCAGGCCCGGCAAGCCGCAAUUGCUGCCUCUCCCGGCCGGUUACAAGUCGUACCCGACCGUGUCGGACAUUGCAAAGUUCAUCCACCACGCCGGCAUCACGAACAAUACGACGUUGAGCGAGGCGGAUAUCCAGCAGUUGGUGGACGUGCUAUACUACGAUGGUUUAGUAGAGCCUGUCAAGGUCAAUGGGCGCAAGGGGUACCGUGUGACGCGCAUCCCCAAACAGGAUCCGAGGACGUGCAAUCAACGACGCCUCGACCAUGAUCCAACCAAAGGAGGCAUUGUUACCUCGUUUAUGGGAGUCGAGCCGAGUGCAAGUGGCCUUAUGGAGGCUCCUUGUGGGCGGUGCCCUGUCUAUGAUAUGUGCGAGGAAGGCGGCCCUGUCAGCCCCAGCAACUGCGUCUAUUUCAGACGGUGGCUGGAUGGCGACGAGGUCCAGGAACAAGUCAUUUCGAUCUGA